AUGGCGACCCCGCCCCCCGCGGCGACCCACCUCCCCUCCCCCGAGCUCGACUGCGCCGCCCCACUCCGGCGCCGCGCACCGCCCCGCCUCUCGCGGCCGAAGCCGACGUUGCUCGUGUCGUCAAGCCCCCGUGCCUCGCCGCCGCCGUCCGCCACACCCACGCCGCCACCCACCCCCCUGAACCUCCCACCCUUCACCACGUCCUUCGACCCACUCAACAUGUAUGCCUCCUCCAGCUCCGCCCCCGCCAUUCCCACUGGAGUGGUGAUCCCACCUGGUGACGACGACGUCUACUUCCUGGGUGAUCUGUUUGCUGAGCCCUGCGAUAAAGGGAAAGGGAUCCUGGGCGCGGGUCCUGCCCCGGUGCGUGAUGUCCGCUUGAUCCCUAAGGCCCGAGACAUCCACAUGGUGCGCCCCUCCUCCAGCGCGAGCUCCACCGCUGCUGCCUCGAGCCCCACCGGCUCUGGGGCCUCCAGCUCGCGUUCGCCGCCCUCGCCUCUCUCCGCGCCGGUGGCCUUGCCUGGGGCGACUACGGCUACCGGCGGGGCCCCCAACCCCCCGCCUCCUCUGGCGCCGCGGGAUGCCGGUGCCGAGGUGGACUCCACGGAAGAAGAGUCCAUGGAAAGUGACGACCUUGACGAUGGCCCUGAGUACGUCGAGGUCUGGGUGGAGGAAGGGGAUUGGGAGAAGGCGUCCCAAACGGCGUUCGUCUACCUCGAGCCUCUGCUUGGCGCCGCCAAUCCCACGCGCUGA